GUGCAUAAAGUUUUUGAGUUAGAAACGUUUAAAAACGAACAAAUAUUUUUAUUUUUUAUAUCAGACAAAUGGCGCCGCCUUUUCAACACCGAAACCCAUACUGCAAUGCAGAUCCUAGCGUUAUCGAGCUCUACCGAAAGCAUUCGUUUGUAGCCGAAUCCUUAUCAAGCAUCUUUCCGUGUGAAGUUAAGGUCACAGAAUCUGGUCUGAAGGUCACAAAUCCCCAUGCAAGUAUCGACAACUCACGUCAUAUAGAGGUGUCCCCAGUACUGCCAUCAUUAAAAGAGCGCAGUUCCAAGUCAUCGAUUAAAAAUCUUUAUGAAUUGUCCCAACAAUUGGCUGAUGACGAAGUCAUUGAAAUUGAAGUAACAAAUGUGGAGCACCCAAAGCCGCUAGAAGUCAAACCCGCAUGCAUCCACAAUAGAUCGAAGUCUCGAUCAAAGAGCGGCAAACAGAAAGGGAAAAAGCCAAAGGGAAAAACUGCAUUUGUACAGACCAUCGAUAAAAACCUAACUCAAGACGUACUCGCGAUUCUUCGCAAACAGGAACCCUACACUGAAAUUUUAACAGAUGAAUAUUUACAGCAGCGUAUAUUGGAAAUGGCAAAACAGAUUUUGAGCGAGGGAAAGGUGAAAAGCUCCCAGAAUGAAAUAAAACCUCAGCCCGAUGUAAUGAUGGCGACAGCAAACACAAGAGACGCCAGAGAUCCAGAUCCGACUGAAUCGCCAAAAAUUGGGAAUCAACAAAUGGCAACAGAAUCUCGCAACGCAGCUCAAGAAACGAUUAAUAAUAAUAAUGUAUUACAUUUGGUGCAGAAUCGACCGAAUCCUAACAAGAAUCAGAGCGAAAUGUGUAUCCAAAUUUCGAUGGCUGAAGCUUUUCAGGAACUCUGCAAAUUGCUUCGCGUAAUUUUUUACAAAAUAGAUGACUGGUAUUUGUUAAGUUUGCUUCUAGUUGUGGGCGCUGGCUGUUAUCUGCUCUAUAUAAUCGGCUACGAUGUCAACGCGUAUGUGAAUGCAGAGCGCCGGUAUAGGGCUAAAAUGGAUUCGUCCGGGUAUAUAUGCAAGUGUUUCUACUUUUUAAUGCACAUGUUAUAUGUGCCCAUGUUUUGAAUUUAAAUUGAUAAGUUUACUUUGGCGCGAACUCCAUUGAUUUAAAUAAUAAAAUUUAAGGUUUUAAGUUGUCCAACUA